AGAUGAAGCCCGGGCUUGAGAGCAGACUGAGGGAGAGAUCGCCACGUGGUCAUCGCAUUCCCCGCACUCCUCCCAGCCUGAUCAGGCGUUCUCCGACUAGAACGUCAACUUGCCAACCACUCACUCUCCACCAUGGCACUCACUUCGGCCCAGCUCGCCCAGUGGGAGGAGGAUGGCUACCUUAUUCUCCCAGGAUUCUUCUCGCCAUCGGAGACGACCGAGAUGCUCGAGCGCGCCUGCACACUUCUAGCCUCCUUCGACCCCACCACCCAUCCGAUGACACGCUUCACGACGAGCGCGGAUGGAGACCACGUCGGAGACGAGUACUUUCUCUCUUCCGGCGACAAGAUCCGCUUUUUCCUGGAGCCUGGCGCAGUUACUCCAGCUACGGCCGAGGCGCCUGCAAAGCUAAACGUGCCCGCCGAGCGCAGUGUCAACAAGAUCGGGCACGCGCUGCUCAUCGACCCCGUGUUUGGCAAGUACACACUCUCCGAGCGGGUGCGGGACGUCGCGAAGAGCCUUGGUACACACAAGAGCGCACGCGUGCUUCAGAGCAUGGUUAUCUGCAAGCAGCCGCGUAUCGGCGGCCAGGUUCCAUGCCAUAACGACUCGACGUUCCUGUACACCGACCCGCCGAGCGCUGUCGGGUGCUGGAUUGCGCUGGAGGACUGCACGCCGGCGAACGGCUGCCUCUCCUUCCUCCCCGGCUCGCAUAAGACUGCGCGCGUCAGCUCGCGUUUCGUGCGCGCCCCCGGCGGUGGCACGACUUUUGAGGACGUGCCCAGUGUACAGAAGAACGAGGAGGACUGGGACAACUUGCCGGGGUGGAAGGAGGCACCAUGCACCGCCGGAACAAUGGUGCUCAUCCACGGUAGCGUGAUGCACCGCUCGCCGCCUAACCCGAGCGACAAGACACGUAUGAUCUACACGUUCCACAUGAUUGACGGCGGCGAGGGGUUCACGUACGAUGAGAAAAACUGGCUCCAGCCCACACCCGAGAUGCCCUUCCCCAAGCUCUUCUGAACAUUACGAUGUUGUAUGCAUAUCAUCUACUAGAUCACCUC